AGAAGCUCAAGGCCAAUAAUCAACUCACAAGUUAAGUUACGUACGACACUUGCAAUUAUUUGGAAUCCCAAAAUGCCUUCCCUCCGCUCUACCACAAAACCAACCUUCUUGUUCAUCCCAAUACUAGUACUGUUCAUAUCAUUCCUUCUUACUCUCUCUCAAGUCUCUGUUGUUGAAGGUGAUUGUACAGAACAGAAUAAUGACACAUUAAUAAUUGGAGUUCCAGGCAAGGCCUCUUUUGAAAACUUUGUGAAGAUAAGUAAUUCUAAGAAUCAAGACGAGAGGGAUUACUCCGGUUUCUGCAUUGAAAUUUUUCAAGAGGUUCGAAGGAUAUUGGGUAGGCCUUGUAAAUUUGUGGAGUUCAAUGGGACGUAUGAUGAAUUAGUUGAUAGUGUAGCCAACAAGACUUAUUGCGCUGCCGUAGGCGAUAUAACAAUAUUAGCAAACCGAUCGAAGAAAGUGGAAUUCACCGUACCGUUUACAGAGUCGGGCUUGUCGAUGGUAGUGCCGGUGAAGCCCAGCCCGAAGCCGUGGAUUUUCCUGAAGCCUUUCACUCUGGGAAUGUGGUUGGCUACAGCGGCUGUUUUGGUCUACACUAUGCUUAUAGUUUGGUUCGUCGAACAUCGGUCCAAUCCGGAUUUCAGUGGUCCGUGGAAUGAUCAACUCGGAAGUGCUCUUUGGUUCACCUUCUCUUCACUCUUCCUUGCUCACAGGGAGAGGAUUCAAAGCAACUAUGCUCGGAUUGUGGUGGUGGUGUGGCUUUUUCUGGCAUUGGUCUUAACCCAAAGCUACACCGCUAACCUCACGUCAAUGCUUACAAUCUCACGACUCCGACCGAAACCCUGGUCUCCAUCAAAAGUCGGUUGUGAUAAUUAUACAUUCAUGCAUAAUUACGUUCGAGAUGUGCUUAACUACAAGAAUGUAAGUCUCAUCAACGACGAGGGUGAGUAUCUAAGGGAGUUCGAGGCCGACAAUAUCUCAGCAGCGUUUCUUGAGAUCCCUUAUGCCAAAGUUUUUGUCAAUAAAAAUUGCAGGAAAUUUACCAUCAUUGGAACCACAUACAGAUUUGGAGGAUUUGGCUUUGUAUUCCAAAAAGGUUCUUCACUAGUUGCUAGUGUCUCGGAAGUCAUUCUCGAACUCUCAGAGAACGGGACUCUGAAAAGCCUAGAAGAGGCUUGGUUAACUCCCAACAAAGUGUGUUCAAAAUCUUAUCUGAAUAUGACUGAGAAUACAAUGGAGGAGAACGUUGAUAGCUUGAGCCUCCGAAGCUUCUGGGGCCUAUUCUUCUUCUCCGUUGGCACUUCCUCUGUUUGUUUUCUCCUAUUCCUUGGGCACUUACUGAGGAACUACUGCCGUCAUCACUCAUCUCAAGUGGCUGAUGUGAAUGCAAAUAAUGAGAGCGUUUUAGUCAGGAUAGUUAGAGUUGCAGGUUACUUGAUGAAUGCUGAGAUUAGAAGUCCAUGGAGAUCUCCAUCCUCCCGUCGGGUAGUGUCUGAAACUGAAAGGAGCUAAAAACACAGAUCGUCCUUUAGAGAGUACUGUAACCUUGUAAUGAACAAUGCUAACUGUCAUCUCAAAGACUACAAAGCCGUUAUAGUAGACAUCUAUUUUGUACUGCAAAUUCCUUUGUAUCCAUCAAAGCUAAGAUUCAACUUGAAAAGUAUACAUGUUGGAUAUUUUGCAUAUUUUAAAACUAAUAAUUUCUUCUAAUAAUAUUACUGGUGCUUGAUUAUGAUAGCAACAUGUAUGGGCAUAAGGACGUAUUUAAGAGGCUCUCAUCUUCAGCUUAUUUUAUUGUCAAUGGCAAUUAAAGGACACAACCAUUUUACUUGGCUGUUGGAAAUCAAGGAGCAAAUAUUAUCCUGUUUAUAAAUGUUCUGGGGAGAGGAUUUCUCCGUGAGUAUCAUGUGAAUGUUUUAAUGUGAAACUGCCACCACGUCAAUAUCUCUCUCUUUUCAUGCAUGCCUCUUGUCACAACUCAAAAUUGAUCUUGGAAGUCGUGACCGACCAAGCGGGUGUUAAGCUGCUGAAGGCCUUCUUAUAUUCUAGUUUAAGAAUUUCUAGCAUCAUCGUCAUUUUAAAACAUGCAUAUACACAAAAAAAGUAUGCAAAAGUGUACAAUAAAUAACAUAAUUAAUCACAGAGUUUCUAAGUGUACAAGUAUAAUAAUUACAAACCAUUGGGCAACUUAUGGUUGUCCACAUAGCACCAACAAGCAUUGAUGAGUUGAUGGCUAGACAUGCUAUUUUCUUGGAAAAAUGUAAAACAUUUUGCAUAAGUCAACUCGGGUGAGAUAUGUAUACCAAAAUUGACCAUGGAAAUAUUUCACAUUAUAUAACAGUUUAUGAGUAAAACAACAUUCACUACAAGAAAAUUCACCAUUCCCGACUAACCAUUUAGUCAGCAAAUGUGACAUUUUUAGUCGGCGAAAGAAUUUCCCGACUAAAUAAUUUAGUCGUCAGUUUGGUCGACGGAAGCGAGUCGGCAAAUACAUUUGCCGACUAAAAAAUAUUUAGUCUUGUGUUUGCCGACUAAAAAAUAUUUAGUCGGCUAAAGUUUGCUUUUUUAUCGACUAUCAUGUUUAGUCGGCAAUUAAAAUUUAGUCGGUAAAUGUUCGGACUAUCACCGACUAAACUUUUGUCGGGGAAUGUUAACACUCAUCAGCGACUAAUUGUUUAGUCUGCAAUAACAGUUUUUUUUUAAAAAAAAAACUGGAAAAUAACAAUCAGCGACUAACUUUUUUAGUCGGCAAUAAUAG